CUCCUCUCGUUUUAUGGCAGCGUCGGAAUUAUUUUGCAAAAGGGACUGUCGCGGUACGUUGCUGAGAUUUCUGAACUCCUACUUCCUAGCAAUACGUUCACCACCAAGUUCAGAUCAUGAAGCUCCUUGCCACAAUUUUACUCGCCAGGCUAACGUGGUGCGCUGACCUUGAUGGCUAUUACAACACAGGACAAGCGAAUACGGGAAAAAUUUCAGUCGUGGAAGGCAUGCUGCAAACUGGGAUACCUCUUCUGCUGCACUGGUCGGAGGGAAUGCCAAAAAGCCUCGAGAAACACAGAUGCCUACAAGUGACGUACACUGCGUACAGCCCCGAUAACACGUAUAGCUGCAGCGUUACAAGUGGGUGGGUAGGAGACUCUUCCAAGCAAGGUAAAAAGCCGAAAGCAGAGAACAUUAUUGUUUCGGUUAACUUAAACCAAACAGGAGCAAGUGCUGUUUUACAUGUGGGAACAAAGAGUAAUAGCGAAAUAGAAGAGCUCGUGAAAGGUACCCAUGAUAUUGUGUAUGCGGCGCAUGACUGCAUGAUUUUGAGGACAACGACGAGUACUGAACAAUCAAUGUGUACUGCGUGGAUUCCAGCAAACACCGUUACACAUCUACACGCUCGCUGCAGAUACGAAUUCAUUACUUCAUGCAAGUCAUGUGCCGCACGCACAAGUGGCUCGUAGGCAACAAUGAGGACCCUGUACACCAGAACUCCACAACUAGAUGAAUGUAUAGCACACUUUUCAUCCUUGCGUUAUGCAUUUCCUCAGUAAUAUACCAAUGUAGUAAUACACCGUCAAAGAAAAUAAGUCAGAAAUAUGUAAUAGCAGAAAGCAUAUCUUUUUGUUUCCUGCCGUUUCUUGUAUGACAUGCCCGCACGAUGUGUUCCUGAGCUUUAAAUAUUAAAGAUCCAUAAAUUGUUUGAGAAUGACGUCACUCUCAUAAAUUGCCUACGAGGCGCAAAUCAUCUACUAAUGGCAACACACGUUUCCGCAAAAAUUACGUAAUUUUAUUACUCACUUUACCCAGUAUUCUUCUAUUCUCGGUUAUAAGGCAAAGGUAGAUGCCACAACAGACCGUUUCCUAC